CUGGUUUGGUAGAAAAUAACAGAGCAACUUCCUGCUACAGCACACAAUGUCCAACUGCUUGAAAUAUGAGCUGAAGAACAUAAAGAGGAGGGCCGCAGAAGGAACACACGCAAGGCAGAAGGAGAGCCGGUUUUGAAAGUCUGUAUAUAAUGAUGUGGACUGGUUUGUGUUUGACUCUGCCUUUAUUGCUGUCUGUGUAUGUCAACGGUGAACCGCUCUGACUGGAAUGUAGCUUGCAGAGUGCCUGUAUAGCUUUGCCGGCAGAUUAUGAAAUACUGCAAUAAUAUCCUGAUACAAAGUCCCUCUGAGUUCGAAGGUUGCUGAAGUCCAGUGGGUGCUGAACUUUAAAAGAAAGAUGGAGCACGUCUCUUUCUCGCCGCUGUCCCGCGUUGCCAUUUGCGGUGGCACCCAUGGAAAUGAGAUGACAGGGGUGUAUUUGGUGAGAGAAAUGCAGAAACAGAAGGUAGAUCAGACUGGAUCUGUUUCUCUAACUACCGUCCUAUCGAAUCCACGGGCUGUGGAUGCUUGCAGGAGAUAUGUAGAAAAAGAUCUCAAUCGCUGUUUCACAGCUGCCCUGCUGAGCUCUCCCAUAACAGACUCUACACCCUAUGACCUGAGGCGAGCCCAAGAGCUGAAUGCUCAGCUUGGGCCCAAAGGAAGCCAAGAGGCUGUGGAUCUGCUUUGCGACCUCCAUAACACCACUGCCAACAUGGGCAUGUGCAUGCUCAUGGACUCCUCAGACCCGAUCCUACUGCACAUUUACAAAUACAUACAGAGUAAGAUGAUCUCUGUGCCUGUGAGAGCAAUCCAGUUGGCUCUAUCACAUCCUGAAACAUAUUCCCUGGAUUCAGUGGGCAAACAUGGCUUUUCGAUAGAGGUCGGUCCUCAACCACACGGCGUGCUCAGAGCUGAUAUCUUUAACAUAGUGAAAGAGGGAGUGGAUCUCAUGAUUGACUGGCUCCAGAAAUUCAAUUCUGGAAGUACUUUUGAAGGGGGUGACGUGGAGGCAUACUGCUACGUGAAGAGUGUAGACUACCCAAGGGAUCCUACAACCAAUGAGAUUACUGCUGCCAUUCAUCCUGAUCUGCAGGAUAAUGACUUCAAGCUCCUCCGACCAGGCGACCCUACGUUCCUGUCAUUUUCUGGGGAGACGGUGAAGCACGAGGGAGAGGAACUCUACCCUUUCUUUGUCAAUGAGUGUGCCUACUAUGAGAAGAAGAUCGCUUUCCAUUUAGCUACGAAGGUCACUGUGACCAUACCGUCUAUAAGUGUGAAGAAGGACUAAGAGUACAGAGACAGAAUGAGACCAACAUAUACACAGACACUUUGUUAUAAUCAAAGAAAAAAAUAAUGUGUAACCUUUGUGUGCAAUCAUGUUUAAAUCAAUCACUGCACAGGUGCUGAAUUUAUAAUCCUCCAACUAUUGUAUAUUAACUAGACUUGGAUCUUUUUUACGCUGUAGCAAUGAUGCAAAACACUGUAUUUGAAUAAAUUAAAACAUGGA